CCGGAGUGAAAAACGCGGCUCGUCUUUUUUUAACGAAUAAGCGCUUUAAUUUAACAAACACCGCAUAAAUAAAAGCGCGCCGCAAGCUCGCUGUGUCCUCCGGUCCGCAAGCGCUGUAACGACACAGCGGGAACAGCAGUAGCAGCGCUGCGCGCGCGCGUGUGUGUGGGGGCUCGCGAGAGCGUGCGGGCGCGCGCGCGUGCGUGUGUGUGCGCGCGCUGCGGCGGAGCGACAUGAGCAGCAUGAGCGCGAGCGGCUCCAGCAGCACGUUCAGCCUGCAGGACUGCGAUGUGAUCGGAUUUGACCUGGACCACACGCUCUGCAGAUACCACCUUAAGGAGACCAGCAGGCUCAUAUAUGACAGCUUUGCGCGAUAUCUGGUGGAACAUAAAGGCUAUGAUAAAGAUCUGCUGAACCUGACUCCGGCCGCAUGGGACUUCUGUUUUAAGGGUCUGGUGGUUGACCUGGAGGAGGGAAACCUGGUCAAAUUAGCAGAGGACGGAACUGUUUUACGGGCAACUCACGGCACUCAGGAUCUGAGCCCAGAGGAGAUAAUAAAGCACUAUGGCCCUAAAAGAGAAUGGAAGCAUUUCAACAGCCUCAAUACCACAUUUACACGCUCUGCUAAAUACUAUUUCUAUGACAACUAUUUUGACCUACCUGGAGCUCUUCUCUGCGCUCGAGUGGUGGACAUGCUGCACAAGAGAGGCAGUGAAGUUACAUCUGACUUCUGGAAGGACAUGGUUGCUGCCAUCGAUCACAAUUACAACACGUCUGCAUUCCGAGAGGAUGCAGGCUGGUACUUUCCCUGUGUAAAGCGUGAUCCAGGUCGGUUCCUGCAGCCGUGUUCAGAUUCAGUGCGUCGUUGGCUCAAAAGCCUAAAAGAAAGUGGCAAAAUCAUGCUGCUUAUCACCAGUUCCCACUCAGACUACUGCCGGCUGGUGUGUGAACACAUACUGGGGAAGGACUUUGAGGAUCUUUUUGACGUCAUCAUCACAAAUGCUCUGAAACCAGGCUUCUUUUCCCUCAUUCCUCAGCAGAGACCUUUCAGAACACUGUUGGAUGAUGUUGAGGACUCUGAGGGUCUGCCUGGUCUGGAGAAGCCUGGUUGGUACUCUCAGGGAAACUGGCCUCAUCUGCACGACCUACUGAAGAGCAUGACCGGCAAAUCCCAGCCUAAGGUGGUGUAUUUCGGAGACAGUAUGCGGUCAGACAUGUUUCCAGCAUACAGUUUUGGGAAGUGGGAGACAGUGAUGAUUGUAGAGGAAAUGGAGGGAGAGGGUGUGGCAAGAGCCAAUCCUGCCCCCAGCCAGGGGCCAGCUGAAAAAAAGGGAAAAUUCGAGGAUCAGGGUAUGAAGACUCCCUCUGCGGCCUCGCAGCAGUGGGGUUCGUAUUUUGUGGAUGUUCAGAGGGAUGAAGAUGGAGAGGAGAAGACUAGGCUUACUUGGUGUUCCCACUGCAUUCAUACGUACAGCACCACGGCCAUCCCCAGCAUAGAGGCUAUAGCAGAUUUGCCUCUGGAUUAUGAAUUCCCACGGUUUUCCCCGGACAAGCCGAGCACUACAGGAUAUUACCCGCGCCCCCCCGACUCCCUGCUGAAGAGAGAGGAGAACCAGUCCUGAACCCCUGCCCCACACACACACUCUCUCACACACACACAGAGAAAGUGUGUGUCCUCUCCCUUCCAACAUCUUUACACAGUACAAGCACAGCAGUGUGUGUGUGUGUGUGUGUGUGUGUGUGUGUGGGAGAGAGUGUGUGAGUGUGUUUACGUUUAGUGGAAUAUGAAAUAACUGAAGUUUGCAACUGAAUCAUGUUAUGUAGGUUUUCAUGAAUGUUUUCACUAUGAAAGUUCAUAGAACCCAAACCCACCUCAAUGCUACAGAACCUAAAUGUACCUCAGCACAACAGAUCCCAUGCCCACCCUGCCGUUAUAGAACCCAGAACGAUAGAACCUAAAUCCACAAUCCACUCCAUUGCUAUACAACCCAAACUCAGCCUCAGCAUAAAAUAACGCAAACCUUCCCCACCACUAUGAUUGAACCAUAAAACACUCCUGUAUUAAUUAAUACAAAUCUGCUCCAUCAUAAAAUAGUCUUGACCUAGCUUAAUGUCAUGGAAGCUUUAUAGACCAUAAAUACAUCUAAACACUGUAGAACACAAAUCUGUUCGUAAUGAUAUGGUACUCAUCAAUUAUAUGGGACUCACUUCAUCGCAUCAAUAAAAAAGCCCAGCCGAUAGCACCUAAACCCACCCUGCACUGUGGAAGCCAGCCAACUGGAUUGUUAUUACAGUCCUAGCUUACCUUAGCACUAAGGACUAUGGAAUCCAAACCCACACAUUAUAUAGGAUGAGUCACUGGAGUAUUCAACUAUGUCAUUUUCCCUUUUGACUCGUUUUGUUUCUGAAAUAAAAGGUUGUCCUAUGACUUUUAGCUUACCCAGUGCUACAGAACCUACACCCACAACAGCACUAAAUAACCCAAACCCAUGCCAAGUGCUGUGGAAGCCAAAUCCACUUCAAUACAAUGUAACUCCAACCCCAAACAAGCAUUGUAGAACCCAAACCCACUCGCAAUUUUGGAAACCAAACUCACUGUCAGUGCUAUAGAUCCCAAGGCCACAUCCAGUUCUGUGACAGCCAAAUUCUGUUCAUUAUAAGCUCUUACCUCUAAUCCUACAUCCCUGCAUAUACAAAUAAUUGACUUGCUGCUUCUUUUUACAGUGAAUCCUUAUCAUAAAUAUCCAACCUCUCAGUUCUGAAGCCUGAUCUUUAGCCCUGAUCUCUAAACCCUAAAACCCUGAUCCUUACCCUUGACUUCUUAACCUAAAUUCCUGAUCCUUGACACACUAACACCUAAAAUCCUGAACCAUGAACCUUGUUACCAACCCUGACUUCUAAAUUCUAAACUCUAAACGCUAUAAACCCUUAUAUCUCAAAUCCAGAACUUUGAUCCAAACCUCAAAACCCUAACAUGUAUAACCCUGAACCCUGGUUCUAAACUCAACCGAUAAACUCUAAUACCUAAAACCAGAACCCAGAUCCAAACUCCACCCUUUAAACCCUAAUACCUAAAACCCUCAACCCUGAUCCUAAACCCAAUCUCUAAACCCUAAUACUUAGAACCCUGAUCCUAACCCCAACCUCAAACCCCUAACCUCUAUAACCCUCAACCCUGCUCCUAAACCCAAUCCAUAAAAUCUAAUACCUAAAACCCUGAUCCUAAACCAAAACUUUAAAAGCCUGAACCCUGAUCCAAAAUCCAAGUCUAAAACCUCAAUACAUAAAAUCCAAAUCCUGAUCCUAACCCCUCUAAACCCUAACUGUUGCUCCUGAAACCUUAACCCCUAAAAUUCUAAACCCUAUUCUCUUACCCCUUAAUCCCUCAAACCAUACACCUUAAAUAAACACAGGCUGCUGUGGUGAUGGUGUGUUGCAGGGUGCUGCAUUAAUAAGCUCACUCUCCCCUGAUCCCUCUCACACUGACCCUUAUUCACACUUCAGUUAAUAAACCUAUGCUGACUGUAAGGUCCAGCUGUUAUCUGCAGAACACACAUGGUUAAAGUCUUAUCUGUCAGAUCAGCUGCAUCUUCUCAAACGGUUGCUGUUAGAUUAUGAAGCACUUCAGGAAGAGGUGCGGUUUCAGCGAGUGUGAAGUGAAUCUGUGUGUGCGAAUAUGUGUGAGUGUGUGUGUGUGUACAUGUGUGUUUGUGUGCGUUAUUUCUGUCCUCAUGUUUGCGUUUACGGCGCCUCACACUGAAGAUUAUUUGCAAAAGUGUUAAAAAUGUGAUGUUUGUGACCAUUGGCUUAUAUCUUGUGGUUGUUUCUGAUUGGCUGUUUAAAGUUGUAAAAGCUGCUCAUUGGUGAAUGUGUCGUUCCUGAUCAUACACUGUUCAGGCGUUUCUCUUGCAAUAACUUUAGUUAAGUGUUUAGCAGCCAGAGGCAGGCAUGCUUCAUCAUCACUGUCCGGUGCGUCACAGUGAUUCUGUGUUUUUCAGAUAAUUGGUCUUGUCUUUGGGGGAAAUGUGAGGCCGUCUGUAAUCCUGGAGAUCUGGCUCCAUGGUUCUGUCCUGUUUGUGACCAUUGUGGUGUUUGUACAUUGUUAGUGUGUGUACAGGAGUGAGUUCAUCCAGCAGAAAUAAACAUGCCAAAAAAAAGGUGUUCUCCUGCA